UUAUUUGUCAAAAUAUUUUAGAUUUUUUAAAAAACGUAUUUAUUGCUACAAAAGAUCUGCAACAUAAAAAGUCCGAAUUAUCAGAGUGAACGGUGGUACUGUGACACAAAGCUUGUAAGAUUGUAACCUAAUUUCCACAAAGUCAGCUAUGUAAAUAAGCUUAAAUCUCUAUUUACAUUGAAACAAAAAAACUUUGUCUGAUACAGAAUUCAUUCUUAUGUAAAUGAGUAAAUAAGAUAGAUAAUACGACGAUGCGAUUUAUCGAAAUUUAAAGCAGUUAUUGCUGAUUGUUCUUGGUUGAUAAACUAUUGUUGCUGUCGAGACCCUUGUUGGAGUGCUAAAAACUAUGACGAACCGAGUCUGUCCUUUGCUGAAAAACCCCGAGCAAUAUACUCCGGAUCUGCAGGAUUUGGCGAGAAAUGAGCUGGCUAGAAACUAUUGGCUACCCACUCUGGAAAGGACUGUUGGCAAUUUUGUUGAAAAGGCCCAAUCCCUAAACCCGGACAACCCGAAAGCCACUGAACAUGCCAAGCAAUGUUUGCAGAAGUUCCACAACUUGAUAGAGAAAAUAAAAUUGGAGCCCAGGACUUUAGUUCCACUUAGUGUGAGAACACUGCUGGAGUUCAAUGAGGAAAAUUUGAGGGUGCACUUUAAAGAUGCCUGGCAGACUCAAAAAGACACAGAGUCGGAACAGGCUCUUUCGCAGUUUAGCCACAGAAUUAGUGAAAUUGAUUCCAUAAGUGAUUUUCAUGAAAAAUGGGUGGAAUUGGCCAAAGGACUCCUGGCUGGGAAUGUGUUCGAUUGGGGCUCGGCUGCAGUCGCCAAUAUUCUGGACUCAUCUUCAAUUUUUGGCUUAUCACAUGCAAUGGAGACUAUUGAAGCCAGGCCAUGGUUCAUUGAUGAUGUUGAUGUCUUCAUACAAAGAUUAUAUAGUCACAACUUUAAUAGUGCAGUGAUUUUUGUCGACAAUGCGGGAAUGGACUUUAUUCUCGGCAUUUUACCAUUUGUAAGAGAAUUAUUGACUAGGGGCACUAGAGUGAUCCUGAGUGCCAAUUCCUACCCUUCCUUAAACGAUGUUACCUAUAAGGAACUGAAUAGAUAUUGCCGGAGUGCGGCGAAACAAUGCAAUAUUCUGAAAAAUGCAAUCAACAAUGGCCAGUUGUUAACGCUGGAAAAUGGCCAAAAAGGCCCCUGUUUGGAUCUUAAAAAUUUACCUUCAGAACUCUGUGAUUUGAUGGCUGAAUCGGACUUGAUAAUUUUAGAAGGAAUGGGCAGAUCCAUCCACACUAAUCUAAAUACGGAAUUUACGGUCGACAGUCUUCGAAUGGCCGUUCUGAAGAACGAAUGGCUGGCCAAAAGCUUAGGAGCUCAUCAGUUCAGUGUAAUAUUUAAAUAUCAACGCCCAGCAUGAAAGUACCUGACUUAAUUUUGACUAUUUUUUUUAUUCAGUGUUAAAUUAGGGUCGUAUUUGUUAAUUGCAGUAAAUUUUAGUACUAAAUUAUAUUGUAAUAAAGUUGUUUUAAUUAUGAAAA